UAAUAGUAUUGAAGAAUGGGGGGGGGGGGAGAAGAAGAAAACAACAAUAAUACCAAUUCGUUCCUUCAAUUAACGAGUUUGACACUUGAAGAUUUGCAGAGCCUCAAAAGCUUUUUCACCUAUAGAUCUGAAACACAAUCCCUCUUCACUAGCCCGGUUACAUUCCCUGCCUUGGAGACAUUGGAUAUUGAUGGACUAACAAUGAUAACAGAGAUAUGGGAUAGGAAAUUACUUCCAUCAGACUCUUUUCGACAGUUGAGGGACGUGACCAUCGGGAGCUGUGAGAAAUUGGUGAAUGUCGGUUCGUCCAAUAUGCCUCGACAAUUACCGAAACUAGAACGACUUGAUGUUAGUCAUUGUCGAGAGCUGAAAGUAAUAGUAUUGAAGAAUGGGGGGGAAGAAGAAGAAAAAGCAGAAAACAACAAUAUUACCAAUUCGUUCCUUCAAUUAACGAGUUUGACACUUGAAGAUUUGCAGAGCCUCAAAAGCUUUUUCACCUAUAGAUCUGAAACACAAUCCCUCUUCACUAGCCAGGUUACAUUCCCUGCCUUGGAGACAUUGGAUAUUGAUGGACUAACAAUGAUAACAGAGAUAUGGGAUAGGAAAUUACUUCUAUCAGACUGUUUUCGACAGUUGAGAGACGUGACCAUCGGGAGCUGUGAGAAAUUGAGCCUCAGUAGCUUUUUCACCUCUGGAUCUGAAACACAAUCCCUCUUCACUAGCCAG